GAUCUCUCCCCUUUCCCACCAGGUCCCGCCACUUCCCAGCGGGUGUUCAGGACGCGGUACAAGAUGGUGACCCGCCCGGGCUCCAGCUCCGUGCACGGCAGCCACUACAACCCGGCCCUGUCCUGGCGAGCCAAGAGGAUCCAGUCUGCCAGGAGUUUCCUCCAGAACCGCCUUCGAGCCCCCCAUGAUAGACCCCCGCCGUCCGCCCGGCCCUGGAAGGGAAGCGCCAUGUGUUGGAUCCGUGGUUCCCUGUACCGCGUGUCGGCCAACAAGUUGUCCCGCACCGUGGCGGCCAACAUGUCGAUCAACCGGACAGGACGGUCCUCCAGCCCCCAGGUCUCACACAUGAUUCCCGCCUGGACCAGGACGUCCAGCACUCGUCACCUGGCCAGCCGUGCGGUCCAGCGGAGCCUCGCCAUCAUCAGACACGCUCGACAGAAGAAGCAGCCGAAGCAGUACUGCAUGUACUACAACCGCUUUGGCAAAUGCAACCGUGGGACAAGCUGUCCUUACAUACAUGACCCGGACAAGGUGGCCGUCUGCACCAGAUUUCUCAGAGGAACAUGCAAACAAGCAGAUGGCACCUGCCCAUUUUCCCAUAAGGUGGCUAAGGAGAAGAUGCCAGUCUGCUCCUACUUCCUGAAGGGCAUCUGUAACAACAGCGACUGUCCCUACAGCCACGUCUACGUGUCCCGCAAAGCUGAAGUGUGUGAGGACUUCGUCAAAGGCUACUGUCCAGAGGGAGAGAAGUGUAAGAAGAAACACACUCUGGUGUGUCCGGACUUCUCUAAGUCCGGCUCCUGCCCUCGAGGCUCCCGCUGUAAACUGCAGCACCACCAGCGAGGCAAGCGAAGCUCCAGCAACAGCUCGGCCGCUCCGGCCAAGAAGGCACGGACCAAGGAGCCUGUGAAGAGGCCUCGUCUGUCUGUCGUCAUGCCCCAGGACUGUCCGGCAGAUCCAGGGACGCCCGCCUCGGGUCCUCUGGCGCUGCCGUCCUUCAUCUCCCUCUCCAGCUCUCCAGAGGAGGCGGAUGCUCCGGACACACAGCUGGAAAACACUUCACAAGUCAAAGAGAAAAAGCUGCAGAUCAAACCUCGGCUGUGAGACCGAAGGUGGACACGUCGAAUGGAUUCAUGAUUUCUGAGCCCUAGGUUUGUCUCUCUGUCUCUUCUCUCUCAAUCAUUUUCUCUCAGGGCCUCAAAGUUUUAUCUCGUUUAUCUUUUACAUAUCAGUUUUGGGAGAUUUUUUUUAAAACAAUAAAAAAUAAAGAUAUCACCUCUGUGCCA